GCGCACGCGCAAGGAAUGGGGAACAGGGGAACUGAAUUCUCCGGAACACCGGACUGUCGGCGGACCCAGGGGCGGACCGCCUCUCUGGCGUCCUGGAGAACCGACGUCACCGAUUGUGCUGCUAUUCUGGGGAAGAUGGCGGAGGCUGCGGCUGUACCCCCGCAUCGGUUCUUCUGUCACUGUUGUAAGGGAGAAGUAAAUCCCAAGCUCCCGGAGUACAUUUGUCCGAGAUGUGAGUCCGGGUUCAUCGAAGAAGUAACAGACGAUUCCAGUCUCCUAGAGGGCGGCGCUAACGGGAUAGAUGACACUGCUACGCAGUUUGCAGAGCUGUGGCACCUGCUGUUCGUGGAGCGACCUUACGCUGCAGACGGGGACAGUCCAGACUCAGAACCCCGGGUCCCCGGGGGGGGCGGCGUCGGACCCCUGGGAGGACUAGGGGGCUUGGGGGGCUUGGGGGGCUUGGGAGGGCUGGGAGGGCUGGGGGGGCUAGGGGGGCUGGGAGGGGGGCCCAUUGGGGGGUCGGUGCCAGCAGGGUUGGGGGGGCCCCUGGGGGGUCCGUUGGGAGCAGGGGAGCACUGGAGUCCGGGGCGCCCCCCUCGCCUGCACAGCCAGAGGAGGUACAGGUCCAGGGCAAGCAACAGACCAGACCGCUCGCCUGCUGUGGAGGGGAUUGUACAGCAGUUUCUGGCUGGUUUGUUUGCUAACUCUGGAGUUCCUGGCUCUCCUCCUCUGUCAUGGACGGGGAUGUUGCACUCAAACCCAGGAGACUAUGCAUGGGGCCAGGGAGGGCUGGAUGCCGUCAUAACACAGUUAUUAGGCCAGUUUGAGAACACAGGCCCUCCCCCAGCAGAGAAGGAGAAGAUCUCCUCUCUCCCCACAGUACACGUCUCUCAGGAACAAGCAGACUGCAGUAUGGAGUGUCCGGUGUGUAAGGAGGACUUUGCGGUGGGGGAGCCGGUCAGACAGCUUCCCUGUAACCACUUCUUCCACUCGGACUGUAUAGUGCCCUGGCUGGAGAUGCAUGACACGUGUCCUGUGUGUAGGAAGGGUCUGAAUGGAGAGGACAGCAGUAGCCUGCCCCCCCCAGAGUCCCCCUCCCUCUCCACGGAUCCACGCACACAGGAGAGAUGGUCCUUCUGAGACGCACCUCCUCUCCACCCCCCACCCCCCCCGUUCCUCGCUACGGGGCCCUCAAACCCAAACGGCCCCCUCCAAGGGUGGGGGGGAAACUCCUCCUUCAUCCUUCUCUGUUUGAACCAUCUCCAGUCAUAGGACGAUCAUCUCAACUUCACCCUGCCUACUAACCCGUCUGUCUCUAUCCAUGUACACACACACACACACACACACAUAAAGCAAUAGCUCUUGUGUCGCAUCAUGGCAAAGCAGCCCACUGUUCCCCUGUCAAACCCCCUCUUUUUGGUUUCUCUUAUUCCCUCUCCUCCAUCCUUCUUGAAAUGCACUGCUGUAAAAUACUGUUGUUUGGAAACCCAGGUGAUGUUUCAAGCCUGGAAGCCUUGUCUCUUUCACCCCGCUCUGGCCUCUUCCUCUCCAGGGCACUGUUGUCCUCGCACGCCCUUGGCCCUCUGGAAACGUCUGUACUUGGCUGGACCAUCGCCCAUCUUCACCCCCAAACUUGGACUGAAUACGUGAAGUGUUCAAACUGCUGAGCACAAAAGGGGCUUGAGGUAAAACUGAAAUUCACCCCAAUUUACCUUCUUCCUCUGGAGGCAAGGACCUAGGAAGGGACCAAGGACCUAGGAAGGAACCAAGGCUUCAGAUUUGGAACCCAGCCUCUCCUCUCCCCCUCCACUCUGUCAUUCCUCUCAUUCUGGUGUAUAUAUUACAAACAGAUUGCCUCCUUCUGUCAUUUUAUUAUUCUGUUGAUGAGUUUGUCUUUUGUUUCACAUUUCUAUCACUCUAUUUUUUUAAUGUAAAUAAUUUUAGUCCAGCAACUUCUGGUUUGAAUUGGAAAAUAUGGAAAAAUGGGGAAUUAUUGGAAGAAAAAACUACAACUUUGAGAAUGGAGAAACAAAUGUGAAUUAGGAUAUUAUUCUGGAUAUUAAAGUCUAUGUAUAUUAUUAUAUAAAUGAAAAUGUGUAUGAUGUAUUAAUAAAUUGAAAAAGAAAGGAAUAAAAAAACAGUAACAUUUAA